GGGGCGGGGCGCGCAGUGAACCUGCAGGAAUCGAGCAUCCCCAGAGAGCGCAGCAUCAGCACCACAAGCCAGGGGAGGCGGCCAGGCGCGUCUCUUCGCAUCUCCUUCCAUCGGGCAAGCGGGCGGGCGGGCGCUCAGGCAGGGGUCGCAUCCCGGAGCCUCGCCAAUGCCAGCGCCGGCAUUUCCCAACGGAGGGCGGACUGCACGGAGCCUCUGAGCCCGCAAAAGGGCAUUUUCAGGAGUACAAUCCUAGCAAGAGGAGUAAAACCUUCAAACCAUCAGGAUGGCAGGAGCUUCUGUAAAGGUGGCAGUGCGGGUGCGUCCUUUCAACUCCCGAGAAAUGGGCAAGGACUCCAAAUGUAUCAUACAGAUGACAGGAAACACCACAACUAUCAUUAACCCAAAGCAGCCCAAGGAGACACCAAAAAGUUUCAACUUUGACUAUUCCUAUUGGUCUCACACAACACCUGAAGACAUCAACUAUGCUUCUCAAAAGCAAGUGUACCGGGACAUUGGGGAAGAGAUGCUGCAGCAUGCUUUUGAAGGUUAUAAUGUCUGCAUAUUUGCCUAUGGCCAGACUGGGGCUGGCAAGUCCUACACUAUGAUGGGCAGACAGGAGAAGGACCAACAAGGCAUAAUCCCCCAGCUUUGUGAGGAUCUUUUCUCUCGAAUCAAUGACACAACGAAUGACAACAUGUCAUACUCAGUGGAGGUGAGCUACAUGGAAAUAUACUGUGAGCGUGUGCGUGACCUCCUGAACCCCAAGAACAAAGGAAACCUGAGGGUGAGAGAGCACCCACUCCUUGGACCAUACGUCGAAGAUCUCUCGAAACUAGCUGUCAUGUCCUAUAAUGACAUCCAGGAUCUAAUGGACUCUGGAAACAAAGCCAGGACGGUGGCUGCCACCAAUAUGAAUGAAACCAGCAGCCGCUCACAUGCCGUCUUCAACAUUAUCUUCACCCAGAAACGGCAUGAUGCAGAGACUGACAUCACCACUGAGAAGGUCAGCAAAAUUAGCUUAGUGGAUCUUGCAGGGAGUGAACGAGCUGAUUCCACAGGAGCAAAAGGCACAAGACUGAAGGAAGGAGCAAACAUCAAUAAAUCACUCACUACGCUGGGGAAGGUGAUUUCUGCUCUGGCUGAGAUGGAUUCAGGACCAAAUAAGAAUAAGAAGAAGAAAAAAACAGACUUUAUUCCAUACCGGGAUUCUGUACUUACCUGGCUGCUCCGAGAAAAUCUAGGUGGUAACUCUCGGACUGCUAUGGUUGCUGCUCUCAGUCCAGCUGACAUCAACUAUGAUGAGACUCUCAGCACCUUAAGGUAUGCUGACCGAGCUAAGCAGAUCAGAUGCAACGCUGUCAUCAAUGAGGAUCCUAACAACAAACUGAUCAGAGAACUGAAGGAUGAAGUGGCUCGUCUGAGAGACCUGCUGUACGCCCAGGGCCUGGGAGACAUCAUUGACACCAAUCCUGUUCCAGGAGGACCUAAAUACAUGUCCGACUUUCAGAACAAUAAUGAUAAUCGUAGAGUGGCAGAUAUGAGUCAACGCCAUGACAAUCUCUCCACAGUGACCAAUGCCUUGGUAGGAAUGAGCCCGUCCUCCUCACUCUCAGCCUUGUCCAGCCGAGCUGCUUCUGUCUCCAGUCUCCACGAACGCAUCAUGUUUGCUCCAGGUAGUGAAGAAGCCAUUGAGAGACUGAAGGAAACUGAGAAGAUCAUUGCUGAGCUGAAUGAAACAUGGGAAGAAAAGUUGCGCAGGACAGAAGCAAUUCGUAUGGAGAGGGAAGCUUUGCUUGCAGAAAUGGGAGUGGCUAUGAGAGAAGAUGGUGGUACACUGGGAGUGUUUUCACCUAAAAAGACACCACAUCUGGUCAACCUAAAUGAAGACCCACUCAUGUCCGAGUGCCUUCUGUAUUACAUUAAAGAUGGAAUAACCAGGGUUGGUCGAAUAGAUGCUGAGAGGAGGCAGGACAUUGUCCUCAGCGGUCACUUCAUCAAAGAAGAGCACUGCAUAUUCCGCAGUGACACUAAGGCUGGCAGUGAAGUGGUGACUCUAGAACCUUGUGAAGGAGCAGACACCUAUGUCAAUGGAAAGAAAGUAACAGAGCCCAGCAUCUUAAGAUCAGGAAAUCGCAUAAUCAUGGGAAAGAGCCAUGUAUUUCGAUUUAACCAUCCUGAGCAGGCACGCCAAGAGCGGGAGCGAACUCCUUGUGCAGAGACCCCAGUUGAACCAGUGGACUGGGCUUUUGCCCAAAGAGAACUGUUGGAGAAACAAGGCAUUGACAUGAAGCAGGAGAUGGAACAGAGGCUUCAGGAACUGGAAGAUCAGUACCGGAAGGAAAGAGAAGAAGCUAAUUACCUUCUGGAGCAGCAAAGACUUGAUUAUGAGAGUAAACUGGAAGCUUUACAGAAGCAGAUGGACUCAAGGUAUUAUCCUGAGGCUAAUGAGGAAGAGGAGGAACCUGAGGAUGAAGUACAAUGGACAGAGCGAGAGUUUGAGCAGGCGCUCUGGGCCUUCAGGAAGUGGAAAUGGUACCAGUUUACAUCUCUUCGGGACCAGCUGUGGGGCAAUGCCAUUUUCUUGAAGGAGGCCAAUGCCAUCAGUGUGGAGCUGAAGAAGAAGGUUCAGUUUCAGUUUGUGCUCCUUACAGACACCCUGUACUCACCUCUGCCUCCAGACCUGCUUCCUCCAGAUGCUGCCAAAGACCGUGAGAAACGUCCUUUCCCAAGGACUAUUGUGGCAGUGGAGGUUCAGGACCAGAAGAAUGGAGCAACCCAUUACUGGACUCUGGAGAAACUCAGGCAGAGGUUGGACCUGAUGCGGGAGAUGUAUGAUCGGGCGGCUGAAGUGCCCUCUAGUGUUAUAGAAGACUGUGACAAUGUGGUGACAGGCGGAGACCCCUUUUAUGAUCGCUUCCCUUGGUUCCGGCUGGUUGGCAGUUCAGAUAUCUCUGGCUGCAACAGCUCUCCUAUUUUCAACACAUGCAUGAGCGAGCGCAUGGCUGAUCUCACCCCCUCCCCCACCUUCUCGAACCCUGACUCCGACAUCACCGAGCCUGCUGACGAGCAGCACGUGGGGAAGGAGGAGGAGGAGGAUGACCUGGAGGAAGACAUCUUUCCGGAGUACCCGCUGUAUGAUGGCCAGGAUCCAUUUUACGACCGCUCCCCCCUGUUCAGUUUAGUAGGAAGAGCCUUUGUGUAUCUCAGCAACUUGCUGUAUCCUGUACCUCUGGUGCACCGCGUCGCCAUUGUCAGCGAGAAGGGGGAAGUGAAAGGGUUCCUGCGCGUGGCUGUUCAGGCCAUCUCAGCUGAUGAAGAAGCACCAGAUUAUGGCUCAGGAGUGCGGCAAUCUGGAACAGCCAAAAUUUCCUUUGAUGACCAGCACUUUGAAAAGUUCCAGUCUGAGUCCUGUCCUGUAGUGGGAAUGUCCCGCUCUGGAACUUCCCAGGAGGAGCUGCGCAUCGUAGAGGGACAGGGACAAGUAACUGACAUAGGACCAUCUGCAGAUGAAGUCAACAACAACACCUGUGCAGCCACUCCUGAGGAUCUUCUCCUGGACAGUUCAGAGAAGUCUGUGGUGGAUGGGCCUUUAGAGGCAGUCCUUGAGCACCUGAAGCUGGGCAGCAUCUUCACUUUCAGAGUGACAGUUUUGCAGGCAUCUAGCAUCUCAGCAGAAUAUGCAGACAUCUUCUGCCAGUUUAACUUUAUCCACCGCCAUGACGAGGCCUUCUCCACAGAACCAUUGAAGAACACUGGACGAGGCCCACCUCUUGGCUUCUAUCAUGUACAAAACAUUGCAGUGGAGGUCACCAAAUCUUUCAUUGAGUAUAUCAAAAGCCAACCAAUUGUCUUUGAGGUAUUUGGACACUAUCAGCAGCAUCCUUUCCCGCCUCUCUGCAAGGAUGUCCUCAGCCCCCUAAGACCAUCCCGCCGCCAUUUCCCUCGGGUCAUGCCAUUAUCCAAACCAGUGCCUGCAACCAAACUCAGUGCCAUGACGAGGCCCAGCAUUGGCCCCUGCCAGUGCAAGUAUGAUCUGAUGGUUUUCUUUGAGAUCUGUGAGCUUGAGGCCAAUGGCGACUACAUCCCUGCUGUUGUGGAUCAUCGUGGAGGAAUGCCCUGCCAUGGAACAUUCCUUCUACACCAGGGUAUCCAGAGGAGGAUCACCGUCACCCUGGUGCAUGAGACAGGGAGCCACAUUCGCUGGAAAGAAGUGCGGGAGCUGGUUGUGGGUCGGAUUCGGAACACCCCAGAAGGAGAUGAAUCCCUCAUUGACCCCAACAUCCUGUCUCUGAACAUCCUGUCAUCAGGAUACAUCCGCCCCUCCCAGGAUGAUAGGCAGUUUCUUGAUUCGGAUAUGCCUAGGACGUUUUACCAGUUUGAAGCGGCAUGGGAUAGCUCCAUGCACAACUCUUUGCUGCUGAAUCGUGUCACCCCAUACAGAGAGAAAAUCUACAUGACCCUCUCGGCGUACAUCGAGAUGGAGAACUGCACCCAACCAGCUGUGAUCACCAAAGAUUUCUGCAUGGUCUUCUACUCCAGAGACGCCAAACUCCCUGCUUCUCGAUCCAUCCGCAAUCUUUUUGGAAGUGGGAGCCUUCGAGCCUCAGAGAGUAACCGUGUAACUGGGGUAUAUGAACUCAGCCUUUGUCGGGUGGCUGAUACUGGCAGUCCAGGCAUGCAAAGAAGACGAAGGCGUGUGCUUGACACAUCUGUGGCAUAUGUGCGAGGCGAGGAGAACCUGGCAGGCUGGCGGCCCCGUAGCGACAGUCUCAUCUUGGAUCAUCAGUGGGAACUGGAGAAACUGAGCCUCCUGCAAGAAGUUGAGAAAACAAGGCAUUACCUGCUUCUGCGUGAGAAACUAGAGACAACCCAGCGCUUGGGUCUCGAUUCCCUUUCCUCAAGCUCCUGUGAAGACUCAGAUUCCCGCAGUACAUCUUGUGUCUCCUCUCCAAUCUCAGCAGAUGGUACCCCAGAGGGGAGGAAUUUGCCACUGGACACCCCCAGUGAGAGGCAGAAAGAACUUGCCGUCAAGUGCUUGCGCCUCCUUACACACACAUUCAACAGAGAAUACACCCACAGCCAUGUCUGUGUCAGCGCAAGUGAGAGCAAGCUAUCUGAAAUGUCAGUGACUCUGCUAAGAGACCCUUCCAUGCCAGCCCUUGGUGGCUCCACCUUGACCCCCUCCUCCACCUGCCCAUCAUUGGUUGAAGGACGGUACAGUGGCACAGAUGCCAGAACUCUGCAGCUAUCUUCAAGGGCAGAAAGCCCUGAAUUUGAGCCCACAGUUGAAGGAGAACAAAAGAAAUCCCCCACCUGUGGGCCUGAAGAUGAAAAGGAGACCCAGCGCCUUUUGGUCCCUGAUAUUCAAGAGAUCCGGGUCAGCCCUAUUGUCUCCAGGAAAGGCUACCUGCACUUUCUGGAGCCCCACACAAAUGGGUGGGUGAAGCGCUAUGUGGUUGUGAGACGCCCCUAUGUCUACAUCUACAACACCGACAAGGACUCCGUGGAGAGAGCAGUCCUCAAUCUCUCAUCAGCUCAGGUGGAAUACAGUGAAGACCAGCAGGCGAUGCUGAAAACCCCCAACACAUUCGCAGUGUGCACUGAACAUCGUGGGAUCCUGCUGCAGGCAAGCAACGACAAGGAUAUGCAUGAUUGGCUGUAUGCAUUUAAUCCUCUCCUGGCUGGAUCAAUAAGGUCCAAACUGUCUAGGCGGAGGACAGCCCAAACCAGAAUUUAGCCUAAAGGGCCGCCCAUCUCAUCAAACCAAGUGAAAUAAUGGGUGCUGUUUGAGGGUCCCCAUCUUUACAUUUGGAUCUCUUCUGUCAUUCAUCUCGCCAGAUGCCUGCGCCACAGAGUGAUCCAUCUCAAGUUACAGCUUCAUUGGCCAAAUUCAUUUCUGUUGUAACUUUAGAAGCCUGGUACACCCUGGAAUCCUUGUGCACAUGUGAUCUUCCGCCCAUCUCUUUAUUGGGUGACCUAGGUGACAUAUGACCACUAACAAAGCAAGAGUCUUUUUUUUUUUAAAAAAAUGAUUUAAUUUUUAAAGCAACUGUUCAAUUUAAGGAGAAAGGAAUCUGUAAAAGUGUGAACAUUAUAAAACAUGUUACUCAAAGGAGAUAAAAGUGAUAGGAUUGUGUUCAGCUAAUUCAUAACUUAUUGACAUUUUACUUGAUAGAGCAAGAAAGAGUAGUAUGAGAUUAUAUUUAUAAAGUAUUUAUUUCUAUUUACUUCACUGAAAAAUGUACAUUCUGUUUAUCAUGUGGUGUUGUUUUUUCCACCUACGCACAUACAUUAUGCUGCAUCUCAUUCUGCUAAAAGAAAAGAUGUGGAAGUGAGUCAAUGUAGUGAUGGGAGAGGGCCCUGUCAGCUUUUUUGUGAGCCUAUCUUGGUUUUCUUUCAAAUACUGCACUUGCUGCCUAGCACAGGUAUCCCCAAACUUUGGCCCUCCAGAUGUUUUGGACUACAAUUCCCAUCAUCCCUGACCACUGGUCCUCUUAGCUAGGGAUCAUGGGAGUUGUAGGCCAAAACAUCUGGAGGGCCGCAGUUUGGGGAUUCCUGGCCUAGCAGGUUUCUUCUCCUUCUUUUCAGUCACCUAGCCAAUGUUUCUUUUGUUCAGCUAAGGGCCGAACUACAUGUUACAUGCAGAUAUGUAUAACAUUUCCCCCAAUGUUCUUCAUAUAAUGAAAACUAGCUUCAGGAGACUGUGAUUAGAAGUGAAGGAAUAGCAGUGAAGCUUGUGGGGAAGCAUGUACCUAUUUUUCCCCAUUGUAUUUUUUCUUCUCAAAACAGCCUCUUCCAGAUGUAAGGAAGGGAUAAAACGCCCUCCCCCUUAGCAUUAUUUGUUCCCAUGAGCAACCUCCCAAGGUUGCUUUUCAUUUAAAGAAACAGUCAACACCCCCUCCCCAAUCUAUCAGUGGGAUGCUACUGCAUCUGCAUGUAAUACCGAAAUUGACCUUCAAUCUUAAUAGGGAUGUUUUGCUGGAGGUGAGUUCAUGUUUCCCCCAGGAAAGGAAUGGUGGGAGGGGGAUCUGCUUCACUCUUUCUCCAUCGGCCAUUAUUCAAGGCAUCGGAGGAACAAGUUGGGCCACUUUAUCACAACCACAUCCAACCACACAACCACAUCCAACACAGCAGUUGAAAUAGUAACAGUUGCACUAUCUGAGAGAUGAAUUGCAUUUUUCAAGGUACUUAAUACUUAAUAAAAACUCUCACAGUAUUUAGGGAACACUUGGGAGAAAUACAAUAUCUGCUCAGCAGAAGUGCAUCUUCAAGGGACAAUGCCUGGGCUUCCCAGAAUAAGUGAAAAACUACUGUAUGCUUAUUAUACUCAAAACUGAUUGUCUGGAAAUACCCAUUGUCAUUUUCUUUUAAGAGAAAAGUAGGUUUGAAAUAGAUUACUUUAUGUAGCAAGACUGAUAGGACCCUUGUAUAAGAUUGGAACAGUGUGUUAUAAGAGACCUCAUUUCACUCUUGUAUCUAGUGAUACGUUAAAAGUCUCCUUCAAAAAUACACCUGCAUCUUAAUCAAUUAUUUCUGGUAAGACAAAUAGUCAAUUUUAUUUCAAAUUUGGGUAAGACAAAGUAAAACAAAUAAUAGUUUUUUGGCACCAAUCAAUUAAGCACGAUUCAUAUCUGAUUUUAAGAAACUCCUGUUAACUCUUUAUAUAUAGGAUCCUAUUUUACAGCGCACUCAAAUCAAUAUGUAGUACCAUAGUUAAUCCCCAUGGUUUACAUUCCCUUUAUGCAUAAACAGCAAAAUUAAAUACCCUUGGUGGCAACUUUGGUUCAUUUUAACUUCCCAGCCUAAGUCUAAAGAUUAUAUAAUUAAAAUCCAUAACUGAUUCUCAGUUUGUAAUCAGUGGUGAUUAUUACUCUCUUAUCAGUGUCUGAUCUAGUAGAAGCCUUUCAACAACGAAAUUUGCAGUCACACAGCAACCAACUAAUGAAUUUCUCUGAAAUGUCCUAAGUGAUUAUCAUGGUAUAAGUUCACAGCUACCUUGGGCUACAUUGAAGAAAUCAUCUGAACUUAUUUUUAAAAAGAACAGGACAAGCACAGCCCUGAACAUGUUUCUUGGAAGUAAGUCUUGCAGUGUUCAAUGGGGCUUACUCCCAAGUAAUUAUGCACAGGAUUGAAGGCUUAAUUAUAUAAAAUAAUUUCUUUUCUUGACUCCCUCUGAGUAGAUGAAGGCUUUCAGAGGCUGAUGUUCAGACUUGCCUUUUGAAAAUCUGUCCUAGAACAAGGAAGUCAUAUAUAGGAUCACAACACUUAUCUUUCAUACAAAAACACAACUUUAAAAAAUAUUUUACUUCAUUUAUGUCCAUAUCAAAUUGUCAAGAGAUUUAAUUACCAGUAUGUUAGUGGCAAUGGAUGAAGAAGUUGUGUCAGUACCUUCCUUGUCCAUACAAUCAAGAAAUGCAAAAAUGUACAGUAUAUGUAACUUUGCCUUUUGAAUGAAGAAGUAGAGCUUGGAAGAGCUGCAUUUUAUGGGGAGUGGUAGACUGAUAAGGGGCAUGGCUUAGGUCAGCCAACCUGAAGACCAUGUUCCCGACAGUGUGAACGACAGAAUUGGGCUACAGUCUGCUCUUGCUCAAGAGUUCCAUGUUUCUGAGGCCAGCAAACCUGCAGACAACAUGACUGACUUGAGUUAGGGAUCAAAGGCUUGACCCAAAUCCCCUAAAAAUCAAAGGCAAGGUUUGAAUCAGGACUUAAAUGCAAUGACAAAAAAUAAUAAUUGUGAACUCAACAAAUUGACAGUAGCUUAAUGGAGAUGAUCCAGUCUCCAACUAGCAUGGAUAUCCUGAAAGGAUGAUUGUUUAGCACUUUGGUUGGAAUAUUGAACAGAGAUCUAAUGGUCCAUCAUAGUGUUAUUUAGAUAAACCAGCAUAUCAUUAUGUUUGGCAUAUUUUCUGCUGGUUAUGGCUUUAUCCAUUGCCAAAAUGUCAAGCCACAUUGAUAUAGUUAUCAACCACUCUUCAGACAAUCUGAGAAGAGUCUCCACUGAUUUACUGUUAUUUUACUUAAUUUGAGAUGUAAGAUUUUUGAAUGAUCCUUUUAUUAAUUGUUUAAUUUCAAGUAUCAUCUGGACCUUUAUUUGGGGGUAAAAAAACAGCAUUUCUGAAUAAAGCAUAUUUUGGAAGGUCCUGCAAGAAAAGGAACCUAUUAAAUGAAGAAUAAAAUACUGACAGGAUGGACUUCCAUCUCUGCUCUGUUUCACACAACCAUAUCAUCAUAAUUAUCUCAAGGUGGAGGCUGGUGAGAGAAAAUAAUGUUAUACAAGAAAAAUAAUUUCAAAUUAUGUCAUACUUAUCCCGUUCCAUAGAUUAUAUAUUGGUUAGAGUCUGGUAUUCAGUAACUGUAAAAGCCAGUGUUAUUUUGUUCACAUAAAACUCUUUCCCAUUCCAAUAAAUUAUUGGGGAAUAAGGAGCUCGCCUAAAAUAUCAAAUGCUCUCUGAACUGCCCUUCAGUAGGGGGAUAGCAGAGCCCAGUAUAAGUACUGUAGUCUUAUAAAUUAUCAAGGAGCAACAGGAAAGCAGAGAAACAAGUAAAAGCAACACAAUUAGUUAAGAACUGUGGGACUAAGAGGUGAUCGCUUAUCCAUAUGGUAACAUGCAAAAGUGACAGCACAAGAUGUAUAACUCUCUAAUAUGCUCUUACUGUUUCUUUCUGUUGUGUGUUCAAUGAACUGUAGGGAGGAUCACUAUCAUUCAUGAGCUGUGACUCAAUAUCAAGAUCUUACUAUAUAAAAACGAAGGUUGUGGUUACUUUUUAUUUUUUAUUAAUCUUAUUUUGCCUGUGCUUCCAUUAUCUCUAGUUUGUCCACAUGAGUUCUUCCUGUGACAUCAUCUUCAAAUGCUGGGAGACCAUUUCUCUUGCUUUGUAUAUAUGUGAUUGCUGUGGGCACACCCUGUACCACUGUAUAAAUAACAAUACUGAAGUAAUCGAGUCUAGUUUUCUUGAUGUCUUAAAGCUAUUGAGUGUUGGAAAUUAGGGUCUUCAACUGUUUGUGUACACUUAAGGCAUUGUUCAGUUAAAGAAAUAAAUGUGGCAUUUAUGCAAA